AUGCCCCCAUCGCGAGACGCUAUGGUUCAUCGUGGGGAUGAAGACGAGGUCUGCCCCGUCUGCAAAUCGUCACGAUAUUUGAACCCGGAUAUGCGCUUCCUGAUUAACCCUGAAUGUUAUCACAAGAUGUGUGAAUCCUGUGUCGACAGGAUAUUUUCGUCAGGGCCUGCAAAUUGCCCGGUGGCGGGUUGCCAUAAGACGCUUCGAAAGAAUAGAUUUCGAAAGCAAACGUUCGAAGAUAUUAACGUUGAAAGAGAGGUGGAUAUACGACGCAGAGUCAUGCUAGUACUCAACCGACGAGAAGAGGAGUUCGACUCGAAACGGGAUUACGAUAACUUCUUGGAGCAACGGGAGGAUAUCAUAUCGAACCUUGUCCACGGCGUCGAUGUCGCAAAAACCGAAGCUGACCUUCAAAGAUAUGCUUCGGACAAUAUGCGCUCCAUCCGCGCCAACCAAGCCCUCGAGGAGCAGGAAGCCUCAUCAUUCCAAGAAAGACAGAAUCAGGAGCAGGAACUGGCCCGUAUGCGCAGACAAGCGGCAAGGGAAGAGUACGAGAACGAGCGACGAGAGCUGCUGGCGGGUCGCGAGGAUGUCCUGGCCCGUCUGGCAGCCGGAAGACCAGGUGAUGCCGCGGCUAUUGCAAGGGAAGGCCAAAAGGUUCUGCUCAAGAAGUCUUCGGCUCGACGCAGUGAAGAGGACAGAAUCAGACAGAAACAGGCGGCUCUGCGUGGAACAGAUACAAAAAAGUCUGGCCAGGCUGUUGCGUCUGCGGUCGAUAUGGGUGGCUCAAGCCUUAUCAAAGGGCUCAGGAAGAUCAAGACGCCCGAACCAGAGAAGCCUUACGACCCCUUUGGCGGAAUGGUUCCCAACAAAAGAGAUUACUAUACGUUACAAGACUCCUACCCAUCCAGUUAUCUUGACCCUAUCCGACAGGAUACCCGGGUAUUGGCCGGUGGAUACGACCUUCGAGAAUACUACUCGCGCACCCUGCUCGAAGCCUUUGCCGGAUUGGGGUGCUUCAUUGAUGAGGAGGUUUCAAAGCGGGGUAUUUCGAGUUCCCUAAACGUUGGGAAGCCUGUUGCUACCCAGAGCGCAUCUCAAUGA